AUGACAGAAAACAGCAGGUACGGAGAGCUGGAGAAGGAACUGGAAAAAGUGAUAACAAAGACUCUUGAAAGCCUGGAGAAUCUCAGCUGCUUCCUAGAUGCAGUGGCGAGGCUAGCUGUGACCUCACUGCAAGUUUUCACAGAGAAGCAGCUGUUCCACCUGCCUGAAGAAAUCAACCUUGAAUAUGUUCAGAUUUUCAUUGCUGCUGCCCGCCUAUUCUGCCCUCUGCUUCUGGUGUUUAAAACAGAGGCAAAAGUCUUUUUCAUUCCCAAAAUUCAAAAUGUGGAAGUGCUGGCAGAUCAGCUGGACAGAUACAUACAGACUGCAGAGAAAUUCUGUGAGUGCUUGGGGAAAAGGAUGGACCCAAACUUACGAAUGGUGUUCUUGUUCAGGGAAGUUUGCUGUUCCAGAUUCAUUGAGGAGUUCAACAAGCGAAAGUCGGAAAUGCUGGAGUUUCUAAAUGAGCUGCAAGGGUGUGCUGUCCAGCUAGAAAAGAUGAAUAAGGGGGCAAAAAUUUCCAGUGUGGCAGGCAGCUCGGUGGGGGCAGUUGGAGGUGCGCUGUCCAUUGCUGGUUUGGCCUUAGCUCCUUUAACAGCAGGAGUGUCUCUAGCUUUGACAAUGACUGGGGUUGGGCUGGGAGUCACCAGUGCAGUCAACAGUGCUGUGACCACUGGAACAGAAAUUGGAGUUAACAAUACUCAAAAAAAGAGAGCCAAUGAAAUUUUGCAAAAUUUCAUGAAGGGUAUACAAAGUUUCCAUGAUUGUCUGGAGGGUGUGGCCAGUCAACCAGUCUCCAAUGUAAAAGUAAGUAAGUCAGAAGUGGUCAUAGGGGUGACCAAGAUUGCAACUAAAGCAGGUACUUUUGGAAAGGGUAUUGAUUCCUUUGUUGAUGCUGCUUCUGCUGUUAAGAUGUUACAAAGUGAAGAGCAGAUCAUCACAAGUGCUGGUAGAGUUUUGGCUCAAGAAGGAAAAACAUUACGUAAUGUACCCAGAGUAGCCUCAGAUGUCCCAGAAAUGGGGAUAGGCACUGCUCAGGCAGCAGUCAAAGGGCCUCUUGCUCUCUCUAAAACAAUGAGGGGUCUUUUCAUUGCAGGUAAUGCAAUUUUCAUCGGCAUGGAUCUCUUCUUCAUCUGUAAAGACAGCGUUAGUUUGGCUAAAGGCAACAACACUGAAGUCUCAGAAUUAAUCAAAGCCCGAGCUGAACUUUGGCGUUUAGAGUUUGACUCAUGGCAGAAAAUCCAUGAUUCUCUGGAUGAAGGCCUGAGGACAUUACAGGGGGGGAAAAAGCAGGAUCCUGGUUAUGCAGGACAAAGAUCUAGCUCUCCAGAGAAAAAUAAAUAA